AUGGACAAGGAAAGUUCGAACCUGUUACAGGAGACGGCGACUAGGAGAAGAACUGAAGAGGACAGGGGCUGCACAGCACCGCCCGGGGAGGUCUGCGCGUCGAGCUUUGCCUGGGCAGCAAUGAUGAUUUCACGAGCGCCGUCGGCGGCGACCGGAGGAGAGCGGCGGCUUCAGCACGUCAGCGUGGCGUGCGGUGGGCUGGCGCGGCCCGUCAGGCAGGUGCCCGGCGCGGCAGGACCACGGCCGGCGACGCCGAGGCCCGCGGGUCCUGCGGGCGGCGCGGCGCCGCACUCGGGGCGAGCGGAGUGCAAAUGGUGGGGCGCCGGCGCGCGGCAGGCGGCGGCGGCGGCCGCGGCGCCGGGGCGGCAGAGGAGCUGCAGGGGCACCGGCAGGCCGGCGGCGCGGGUGCCCACGGGGAAGGGGAACCGGGAGCUGGUGCGGCGGGCGCUCGCGCCGCCCGCCGCGCGCGGCCGCGGCCGGGGCGCCCCGGUCCUGAUGAGGAGGUGGAGCUUCCGUCCCGCGCCCAGCCGGCUGCGCAACGCGUCGUCGCUCUCCUCGCCGUCCCCUGCCUCGCCGCGGCCGCGGCCGUUGUAGAUCGAUCCUCGCGAUCGAAUUCUUUUUUUUUAUUCGCCAUUACGGAAAAGAAAAAUUCUUUGAUCUGUACAUCAAUUCAAAUUUAGCGAAACUGCUAAUCUGCUUGUGCAUCCUUCAGUUCGCUUAUUAUACGCCUCAUCUGGGGGUUUUUCUAUGUAUUU